CCCCGGAAGCGUACGACAAAAUUUUAUACCGCGUGUCGUGUCUACCCUGUACCUCGUCUCUGAUCAAACUAUUCGUUAUAUGCGUGUACACGCGUAAUUAACAUUUCUAUAAAUUACCAGCAAAAUAAGGUGAAAUUUACGCUUGACAUGCAAUUUCGAAGAGUAACUUACAAUUAUGGAAUGAAAUGGUCACGCAUUUACUUAUUAUUUAUAAUAAAGUAAUAUCAAAUUCUAAGCAACUUCCAAUGAAACUGUAACCGUACGGAACAAUGUCUGUGUCUAAUUCACGUUGUUUGGUAUGCAAAAUGAUUCUCAAUGUUUCAUCGUACGUGAAUAUAUUUCGUACAUCUCUUCCUCGGAAUGGCGAAUUAUUGGCAAAUUUUAUAUCAAAAGUAUUGUGUACGACUUUUCCAGAAUUAAACGACUCGUACAUCUGUUCGCAAUGUUAUAAUUUGUUCCAAAUGUUGGAACAAGCACAAAACACUGUUUUAAAUAUACGCUGUGAAAUAUUGAAGAUAUAUUGUGCUGCGAAGAAAAGAAAAAGCAUGAAACAGGUGAUAAAUAAUGAUAGAAAUCCAACCACCAGCACAGUUUCAAAAACGAAUAAAUUAACAUUAAAUAAUGCUAAUGAAUAUUCUAAAGAAGAGCCAAACUUGCAAUGUUUUCAAAUUAAAGAAUCGGAUAAGCAACAAUGCGUUCAGGAUAAAAUAACGAAUCAAGCGACAAAUGUUUCAAAUUUAAAUUAUGCUAUUGAGACCGCAGAGAAGUCAAAAGUACCUAAACAAAACUUAGCAGACUCCGAUGAAGAAGUUAGUACAAGUAAUUAUGAUAAUAAUAGUCAUAAUAAUUUGAAAAAAGAGCAGGUUCUAAGAAACGAUACAAUCUGCAAUUCAAUAGCACUAAUUACCGACAAUCGUGUGUACGAUGUCAGUUCUUCCAAAGUAAACGCGCGUACGCUAGAUUCGAACACAGAGGGAAGGAAUUGCUUUUCUUUGAUUGACUCUGAAGGAGAAGUAAAGACCUCGAUAAAAACUAAUUCUCUGUUCUCCGACAAUAAGUUAGAGGUACAAAAUAUUACAGCAUCCGUUGAAUUGAAAUGGAAAGAAUUGGAUGAAAGUGCAACAGAGUUAAAAGAAAAUACAGAGUGCAAAACAGUACUGAUAGUCGAUCGCAUAAAAGUUCCUGUAAAAUCAGAAAAAACAUCAAAAUUUAAUUUAAAGUCGUUAAACUAUUCUUGUUCUAUUUGUGGUAAAAAAUGGAGGACACCUGCCGAAUUAAAAAUACAUAUAAAAACUCAUUCUUCGUUAAAACCUUAUAUGUGUGAAAAAUGCGGUCAGGCGUACAAGCAUAAACAUGCGUUAGAAAUACACGUGGGAAUGCACAAUGGGAUUAAUCCAUUUCAAUGUAAUUUCUGCAGUAAAUCAUUCUCACAAAAAAUAGCGCUUAUGAGGCAUUUGCCGAUGCAUACUGGUGAAACACGUUAUCAAUGCGAAUUAUGCGGUAAAAGAUUUAUUCAUCACACGUCUUAUAAUAUGCACAAAUUGUCACAUAGUGGGAAAAAAUCGUAUAAAUGCCAUAUUUGUGACUUAUCUUUACUUUCGACGUCUCAUUUAAAAAGACACGUACGAGCUCAUACUGGUGAAAAACCGUACACUUGUACGUUAUGUGGAAAACGUUUUGCCGAACGAUACAAUUUAAUUGCACACCAAAAAGUUCAUUAUCCAUUUGAAAAUAAAAUAAAGAAAACUAACGAGACACGAUACCAAUGUAAUCAUUGCAAUCUGGUAUUUGAGCAAAAACACAGUUUGCACGACCACUUAAAACAGCACACAGAUAUAAACGAUAAAUCGGAUCUUGAGAACUCGUAUUCGGUUUCUUUAUUGCAACCAGAAUCGAAUGAAUUAUCGAAAAACGUGAAUUCUAAGAAUAAUAUGUUACAUCAACCACGGAUUCAAAUAAGUCAAUCUGAAUCGAAACAUACCGAUAAUCAAAAGAAAUUUUUGUUUCUACAAAAUCCUGUAUCUAAAGUCGACGAGAGUUCCUUCACUGUUACGUUUAAUAAUCAGGAAGUACCUAUGGAGAGUACAAAUUAUAAUGCAAGUUUACAAGUGAUUAUAGAGCCAACAGAUAACAUCAAUUUUAAAUAGAAAUCUAAUCUAAAGUAUGUAUUUUUGCAUACAUAUAUUUCAGAUACUUACCUCUUAACCGAUAGUUCCUUGUACAGAAGUAUUUUUGGAAAAAUCUGUUCAUCCUGUAUGUAAUUCAUUUCUACACACCAAUGAAUCAUACACUUCUAAUUAAUCGUCGGUACAUGUUCUUGCAUCUUGUGUCAUUUGACUGGGCAUUAAUUUUUUAAACGAUGCAAUGCCGUACGUUCUUAACCACGUUUUCGUUUGUAACUUUGACGUUGAUAAUGACCUACAAAUUCAUACAUGAAAGCAAACAUAAAAUUAAUGUUCGUCGUAUUUAUAUGCUUACUGUCUUAUUUUUUCGACUACAGUAUCAAUCAUUGAGGGAAUAGCCACUUGGGAAAAGUGAUUAAUUUCAGUGAAAAACUUUGGCUUUUCAGUGGAAUAGCCCAUAUACGAUUUAUAAAUGAAAUUGAUGAGAUUAUUGAAAGCCUCGUUAUAAUUAUCCGUCAGCAACUAUGAAAAAUAUUAAAAUCUCAUUACAUAUGUAUAAUCAAUUUUGUAACUUCAAUUGAAUUUUGAUAGUGAUCGUGACUGAUACCACUAAAGAAAAGAAUCCUGGAUUAUUUAGGUGUUGGUUUAAGUACAUUGUUCUUGUUUUCAUUACAAGAUCGGUAUACAUUUCCUUUAAGUAUUCCGGAUUUUUUGUUUCCAUCAGAAACUUGAAACAAAUUUUGAAGCGGUAUUACAUUAACAUUAAUAUCAAGCUGGAAAAGGGAGUGUUUAAUACCAACUUGAUCAAAUAAUGUUCCUUCACUUGACACAGAUUCGCUUAAAUUAUCUACGGUAAAUGGUUCUCCGUGUAUUAACGUACUCCUACGUUGCAGGAGUUUCGCCUGAUGUCUUUUUCGUUUUGUAGCUUCAUCUUCUUCUAUGACAGUCAAUCCUUUAUCCAAUAUUACCUAUUUAAUCGUAUAAUAUAUCCAUACAUCAUAUGUCGUAUGGUACAUAUAUUAUUGAUUUUUAAAUAUUUUAUACCCUUAAAUCAUUUUCUUCGUCUAACGUCGCAUUGAAUGUUGGAUCGAGAAACUUUGUAAGUGCGUGAUUAAGUUCUUCUUGUUCUCCUUGAAAUUUUAUGUAUUUUUUUUCCUCGGUUUCCAGCUCCUUUUUCGAUGAAACGUCCAUAGGUAGCGAUAAGUUACUUUCACGUGUAUAAGCCAUGUCUUUACUUUCUGCUUCUACAGACAAUUGAGAGCUAUCUAGAACCUAAAGAAGAAAAGUUCUGUUUGACAGUAGUUGGAACGAUAUUACUUGAAAGAUAUAGAAAUACAUUAUCUGUACAUCGCUUAAACUAUCUUCGACGGUUUCUUUAGAUUCUGUAGUACUCUCGUUUAUACUAUUGCUUUCAGUUUGCAAACAGUCUGUGCUAUCCUUAACGCAUGUAUAAACAUCGAACUUCUCCUGUACCCAAUUACGAUGGAUUUGUUCACUUUUUGUUAAUACAAGAAUUGGUUUGGUAUUGGAAUAUCUUUUACACAUUUGUAUAGUUGCGUGUAAAUCCAUUUGAGUGAUACCAAUUUUCUUCUCGAGUAUUAACGAAGCGAUUUGAUUGUGAUCUGUUUAAAUGCCGAGGGGAAUUGUAAAUGAUACAUAGUCGGGUGAAGAGUAUUGUAUAUAAAAUCCAAUAUUUCGAACUAACGAAACCCAUAACUGUUCCCUAACAUUUCUUGAAUUGCCAAAAAUUCUCCGCGACGAGACAUGUCAUUAAAUUCUUCUCUAUCCGCAAAAAUGUACGAUUGUUUCUCCAGUUCGCUCUCUCCUAUCUCCUUCGUGGUAUACCAUGAACAAUAUUUGAUCUGAAAUCCGAAAUCGAUUUGGAACUAAUUUUAAACCUAUUAAUCCCAUAUAUUUAUGUACGUUUACGAAAUUACUUUUUUUGAAAGUGUUAGAACAACAUGAGUGGCUAAAGAUAUCUUUUUCACUGCUGAUGGACCUGUAAGUACCAAUAACGGUGGGCUAGCUUCAUCGUAUGGUAAAACAUGCAGAUCAAUAGUGGGUGUAUUUAAUUGUUCUAAUAAAGUUAAUUUUGUUACAGUACGGGCUGCCGUUAAGUUCACUGGCGAUGCAAACAGGGUUGCUGCAACAAUCUAUUAAAUUACCUUCCUCACUAUCAUUAGAUAAUAUCUUUCAUCUCUUUUAAUUACAUACUUUUUCGGAAGUAAGCACAGGAAUACCAUCAAUUUUUUGUAUACUUGGUACGGAGAAUAAAAGUACGGCUUUGUAAUUAGGCCACUUUGUACAACCGUUGCCUCUGAGGUCUAUUUCAUCUAUGAAACCUUUGAAGUUCGAUAAUUCCAGUAAAUCGGAGAUUCUGUUAAAUUUCAGAUCUAUUACACGUAAACUGUAUCCAUCCUAAAUCAAAUUUUCACGUUUUAGUUAUUUUAACAAUGGAUGAAUUAAUCGCAAUUUUACGAGGAUUAUUACUUUAAAAAAUUCCAAGGUAGAUAUUUUAUUAUAUCCUAAAUAUAUUUUUCGUAAAUGAGGCAAAGUGUUUAUGUUGUAAUUGGGUAUAGCAGAUUUGAAUGAUGUUAUACAAUUGCCUUCCAAAUUGAGUUCUUGAAUAUUCAGUUUAUCCAAAUUCUCGAUACAUUCGAUUAAAUUAUAAGACAAAUUCAAAUACUUGAGAUAUCUAAAAAUACCAUGUAGAAGUAUCAUCACAUGGGAACAAUUUGUUUCCGAGUACGAAGCGAAUAUACUAACUUUAAAUUAUGUAAGCCAUUAAUUACUUCAAUUGCAUUGUGCGAUAAAUCCAGGUGUACGAUACUCCAAAAGGAACUGAUAUCGCGCAUUUCCGAUACAUAAUUGUAGGCUAAAUUUACAUAAGUUAAGUACCAAGGUGGUUGAAAAUUUAAAAUAAUGCUCACUCUAUUGUGCGCCAGGUUUAAAUGCAUUAAAUAAGGGACUUUUCCCAAAGCAGAUAAAUUUGAAAUAUAAUUAUACGAGAGAUCAAUGUAUCUCAAAUAACGAUGAAAAUGUAACAUUGUAAUGUUUGAAAUAGACUGCAAGAAAAUGAUCUUUACCAAAAGAAUGUUUUUUUAAUAAUAGAGGCGAUCAAGUACCAUAUUUCUCAUGACACAUUUGUUUAAAACAUAAAGGCCAUUUUCUGGAGAUUUAGCCAAAAAUGAUGAUGCAAUUCCUACUAGUCUGUCUGUUAAAAAUCCACAGAAUUCUAAAUCGUCGAAUAAUACUUCUUUCAGAUUUCGUAGUUGUACAACAGGUGCUUUAUCGUCAUCCCAUGCAUUAGCAUCUAAAGCGAAACUACUCCAACUGUUUUCACUUGCACAAUGCAUUGCAUCUAUAUUUGUCGGCACUGGCAUGUGAUCGAGUACAAUCGAUGAACUAGACUUGAAAAAGUAACAAAUUUAGUAUUUUCA